UUUAGUGUACAUUAGGCAAUCUAAUUUACACUUUUGUCUAAAAGAUAGCGCAGAACCUGCGAAAAUGGAGGACAGUGAAAGCAUGGCAGUCUUCAAGUCUUUGAAUUUUGAACCUCAGCUCUUCAUCAAUGAAACCCUCAAUCUUGUCGAUGAUGUCGUGGACGAUGCUUUCCGUUACUUUCAUUUAGAAGCUUCGAAAUUAUUGAAAAUUGAUGGCACCGAUAGAUCUCAAGACCUUAGAAAGGGUAUUGAUUACAUUCAUGGUACAAUUCAAGCAUCUUUGGACAAGAGACUUAGUUUGUGGGAGAAAUACUGCCUUCGUCACUGCUUCACUGUUCCGACUGGCUUUUGCUUACCUUCUCAGGAUGAAGCAUCUGGUGAUGACUCAAUGAACCAAGAUGAUCUUAACGAUGAGCGGAUUCGCGUACAACUUGAGCUUUUGAGGAAUAAACUUGCAAAGGCUGGGAAAGAGCAUGCUGAAUUAAAACAAGAACUGCAAAAUCUAGAAGGAAAAAUUUCCACAAGCAACCAGCAUAUCCCAUCUGUGAAUGAGGCAAUACAACUGUAUGACCAAUGCUCUGCACAUGAUAUGUUUCAAGAGAUGUUAAGAGUUGGAUCUGAACUUCGCCAGAAAAUGGAGCAGUUGAAGAGUAAACAGAUGGCAGACGUUGAGCAGAACAGGAGGGAGAGACCUUAUAAUGCAAAAGACGAUAUAUCGGACCUUAACUUCAGAAGUGGUCUUUCUGAGUUCAGAUUGGAUGAACUUCAAGAGUUUAUGGCCUAGAUGAACUCUUGAAAUCAGGUGUUCUAGUAGUAUAUGUGCAAGACUGGAGUAUCGGACUUUCUUCUAUCAAGUAAUUGUGUACGCCCUUAUUCACCCGAAUCAUUAUGUUGAAUCAUUUUUAAAACGUGUAUUUCGUGUACAUAUAUGAAGAUUGAAUGGUAAUGGUUUAUAUUUUAUUUCAGAUCAUUAACUUACAGUACUGUGCACUACUGGAUCAGAAAUGAGAUUGGCUUGGUUAUCUCUUAUCAGAAUUACCACAAUUCAAUAGUUUUUUACUUAAAAUUAUUUAUACUAUUUGUCUGUCCUUUGUUUUUUGCACGGUUUGACUAAAAACGCAAUCAUGUAUUCGAGUAUAUGGAGCAAACUAUAAGGAACAUGGGAAAUAGAGGUCUACCUUGCAUUCUGUUCUCGAAGCUUCCCAUCGUCUCUUCCGUCUCUGCCAUUGCUUUGCUGAAGUGUUGUGUAGUCUAUUUCACUGUCUUGAUCUGUAUUACCAAAAGAUUGUAAGAUCUAAAGUCAAGUGAGGUCAGCUUGCAUAAC